UGUUAGACUCAUGCCUGGAAGUUUUGGCUGGUUUGUGUCAACAAAGUAGCUAACGUAGCUUGCGAAACUAACCAGGGGACACAGUUGGAGGAUUAGGAUGUUGGGACUAGCAUUGCGUCAGUCGACGUCCAAAAAUAGCCGCGUGGAGCCUGCACGCCUUUUAACUGUGGCUUUUUUGGGAGCGGGUGGUCAACAUCAGAACUCCGGCGGAAACAUUAGGUGCCUCAGACAAACUCCCCACCCACCAAGCGGCAGGUCACCGCUCCUCCAACAUCCCCAGCCGGCCUACUACCUCAGCUCAUCUGUCUUUAUGAGCAUGGCAACAGGGGGUGAAGGGGCAUCAGGGGGUGAAGGGUCACCAUCCCCCCCUCACAGGCACACCAACAGGCUGGCCAAGGAGAGGUCACCCUACCUACUGCAACAUGCACACAACCCUGUUGACUGGUAUCCAUGGGGACAAGAUGCUUUUGACAAAGCAAAGAAUGAAGACAAACCAAUUUUUUUAUCAGUGGGAUAUUCAACAUGCCAUUGGUGCCAUGUUAUGGAGAGGGAGUCUUUUGAAGAUGAAGAAAUUGGCAAAAUCCUGAGUGACAACUUUGUCUCCAUCAAACUGGACCGAGAAGAGAGACCUGAUGUGGAUAAAGUCUACAUGACCUUUGUACAGUCAACAAGUGGAGGUGGAGGUUGGCCCAUGAGUGUGUGGUUGACCCCUGACCUUCGACCUUUCAUCGGCGGUACCUACUUCCCUCCCAGAGAUCACGGAAGAAGACCUGGACUCAAAACAGUUCUCAUGAGAAUCAUGGACCAGUGGCAGAAUAACCGUCCUGCUUUGGAGUCUACUGGUGAUAGGAUCCUUGAUGCUCUAAAGAAAGGCACAGCGGUUGCUGCAAACCCAGGAGAGAGUCCUCCACUGGCCCCAGAUGUUGCUACUCGCUGCUUCCAACAGUUGGCACAUUCUUACGAGGAGGAGUAUGGUGGCUUUAGAGAUGCUCCCAAGUUCCCCACACCAGUGAAUCUGAUGUUCCUCAUGUCUUACUGGUGUGUUAAUCACUCCACCUCAGAAGGGGUCGAAGCUCUUCAGAUGGCCCUGCACACACUCCGCAUGAUGGCGCUGGGAGGCAUCCAUGACCAUGUGGCACAGGGUUUUCAUCGUUACUCUACAGAUUCGUCCUGGCAUGUUCCCCACUUUGAAAAGAUGUUGUACGACCAGGCUCAGCUGGCCGUAGCCUAUAUUACUGCAUCCCAGGUAUCAGGAGAGCAGCUCUUUGCAGAUGUGGCCAGGGACAUACUGCUCUACGUCUCCAGAGACCUGAGUGACAAGUCUGGGGGGUUCUACAGUGCAGAGGAUGCAGACUCUGUCCCAACAUCAGGGGGACGAGAAAAGCGAGAAGGUGCUUUCUGCGUCUGGACAGCCUCAGAAGUCUGGGAGCUAUUGCCAGAUGUGGUAGAAGGAGCCACUGGAUCUGCCACACAGGCGGACAUCUUCAUGCAUCACUAUGGGGUGAAGGUGCAAGGCAAUGUGGAUCCAGAACAGGACCCCCACGGGGAGCUGCAGGGCCAGAAUGUGCUGAUUGUGCGUUAUUCAGUGGAGUUAACGGCUGCUCACUUUGGCAUCAGUGUUGAGAAAGUCAAUGAGCUCCUGGCCUCCGCCAGAGCCAAAAUGGCAGAAGUGAGGAAGAGUCGGCCGCGGCCACACCUGGACACCAAGAUGUUGGCUUCCUGGAAUGGUCUGAUGCUCUCAGCCUACGCUCGUGUUGGUGCCGUGCUGAGGGACAAGGGCAUGCUGGAGAGGGCGGUGCAGGCUGGCAACUUCCUAAAGGAGCACCUGUGGGAUGCUGAGCGCCAGACCGUUCUCCGAUCAUGUUACCGUGGAGACGACUUGGAGGUGCAACAGAUAUCUCCGCCUAUCUCCGGGUUCCUGGACGACUACGCCUUCAUUAUUUGCGGCUUGCUGGACCUGUACGAGGCCACGCUGCAGACGGAGUGGUUGCAGUGGGCCGAGGAGCUGCAGCUCAGGCAGGACGAGCUGUUCCUGGACAAACAGGGUGGAGGCUACUUCUGUAGUGAUCCCAGUGACAACACUGUGCUGCUGCAACUCAAAGAGGAUCAGGACGGAGCCGAGCCCAGCGCUAACUCAGUGUCGGCGUCCAAUCUCCUGCGUCUGUCCCACUACACUGGAAGACAGGAGUGGCUCCAGAUGUCCCAGCAGCUACUGGCAGCCUUCUCUGACCGUCUGACCAGGGUCCCCAUCGCACUGCCUGAAAUGGUCCGGGCUCUUAUGGCCCAACACUACACGCUUAAACAGAUCGUGAUCUGUGGCCAGAGGGAUGCCCCGGACACCUCAAGUCUCCUCGCAGCAGUCAACUCCCUCUUCCUCCCACAUAAGGUCUUGAUGCUCGUUGACGAUGAUGCAGACAGUUUCCUGUGCCAACGUCAGCCCGCCCUCUCCUCCAUUACCCAGCAGGCUGGCGUCGCAACAGCAUAUGUCUGCCAGGACUUCACCUGUUCUCUUCCUGUUACUGACCCCCAGGAGCUCCGCAGGCUACUGCUGGACGGGACGCUGGAGCCACAGGCGGAAUGAUGACUGAAGAACUGACUGACUGAUAUUUAACAGGAAGGCUGUAAUCUUUAUAGACUCUUCCGAUCUGCAGUCCUAGCGUAACUUAUUUCUGCUCUUUUUGGCUAGUGCCAUAAAAGAAUGCCAAUGCUUAAAAAGUGGUUUGGUAGCAGUAGUUCCAGCACCUUGAGGCGAGUGGCGACUUGAUUCCAGUCCAGUAACUUCAGCCUAUUUUUUUAUUAGCAAGACCAGCUAAGUAUUACCUCAAA